CGGCAUCGCGUAAUCAUUGCCGCCGUCGUUCCCAAAAAGGAAUUCAUGCAUUAAUCUAAUCCUGAUGUCUUUCAUUGGACGAUGGUUUUAACGGAUGGAUCUCGGAUUGGUCUCUCAGGUGGCCCGUGCCGAUUUACGAACCUCGUGCGGUCGGGGUCACCUCCAACGUCAAGCUUCCAACUUAAUUACAUGUACCUCAUAGGGUAGGUACCGAUGUAACGAGUUGGGUAGUGGGUAGGGUAGCCUAGGACUUGUUUCCCACACAUGGAAAUGCUGGUUCUCCCGACAUCUCGGCAUCGUAGGUCAGACUGGUCAGACUGCUCAGCUAACUGCCUAAAACUAGAUGACCUUUGCUUAUAUACUACCUACCAUGUAGUAGGAUUGUAUUUGUCAUUUUAUCUUCAGACCGUUUCCUAUUCAGCUUUCGAUUACAACGAUGCUCUCAUCCUACAGAUUACUCUCCGAUACAUGGCUGUCGUUACGUUGGUCUCAAGUGGGUUCACUUCCGGUUUUAUCUGCUCGCUUUUGCCCGUUAAGUUCCAACUCUCCGCAGUCCCCAGUUCACGAGUAUCGAAUAAGCAUGUAUAACAAAUAACGGUAUAAAUUGCGAAGUAAUGAUGCUACAAUGAGAGAAAUUACAUUUGUUGACAACAGUUAAUGGAGUAUCAUUAGGUAUUUAUAAUUUCGUUACCAUUGCAGGCUACGGAUCAAUAUCGAUGAGAUCGUAAGCACAUCUUGUCUUUUGGAUUAGUAGAUAGUCAGUUAGUAGGCUCUACGUCCAAACCUUAGGGAACGCCCAUUUUCAUGGUAACCCAUUUUCAUGGUUCAAGCCAAGCUGCUGACUAGCAGAUACUUUUAUACCGCUAGAUCUCGUUGCGAAAAGCGGAGAUGCCUCUUUUAUUUUGAAGAAUCGCCCCAGAAUCUGGAGGCACUUACCUACUCGUCAUGAAGAUGCUAGGUCAUUUCCGCUGUCGUGCUCUUAAGGGGCAAGGAGGUCAAAACAUUCCUCCGCGCAUCAGAACUAGUCCUAACCCUUAAAAACCCUGGAUUACGUAGAGAUUGCCCACAUCCAAUACACAUUAAGUAGGACCCUUUAGAUCCGGCUAUGUUAGGUUUUGAGGUGCAGUGUAAUUUUUAUACGGAGCACGAAUUGAGAGGUAACACGCCUACAUAGCGGUCGAUACAUCUAUUCGGCGAAGCAAACUUCUGACCCUCAUAGCAAAGCGGACAUUUCAACUAAGGACAAUUCACCUUGCUGUACUUUUUGCAGAUUUGUGAGCUCGGUUGUCUUGGGUAUGUCUCUACUAUUGCACAGCGGUGACGGGUGGGAUCC